AUGAAGCCCUACGUGCUAGCCGCGCUGGCCUUUGCGGCGACAGCUUUUGCAUCGCCAACGCCCGAUGUCACGACACUCGACCGAGAACCAGAAGGCCCGUACAGGAAUGUCCGCCUUUGCACCGUAGAGAAGUUUUCGGAUGGCCAUAUGAGGAAAGAUUGUCCCAAGAUUUCGAUCCGCAUCGGCAGGUGCACGCAGUUUCAGGCGCCGCUGUACCGCAACGGGCUAGUCAUCUUCGAGGAACGGAGAGCCGACUACGAACACCACUUUAAGCACAUGGACUGCGUCAUCCAUAGCUACGACUGCGGAGCAAAGUGUGACCCUAGAAUGAGCGGGGACAGGUGCGAGUUGCGCCCCUUGACGUGGAGACACGAUCUCAAGCAGCACAUCUCUGGGUGGGAGAACAAGGCAUCAAGCUUCACUUGCAAGGAGUUCCAGGAACCGGAAAACCCACCAUCACCGUGA